AGGCUGACUCUUAUCGGACCGAUGGAUGUGAAUGCCCGGACUGAUGAUUUCUGUCCCCACCGAGUACGCGGGGUAAUUUCUGGUGCCAACGGGGGUGUACAAGAGCGACAAGAUGGGAUGGGGUAUUCUGGGCAAGAAGGUGAGGGUGUCCCCCCACUGGAGUCUGGGUACCGCGCUCGCGACGGUUGAGCUGUGCUUGAGGACUCGGCAACUAGGGAGGGACGAGAUGGCACGGUGGUUGUCCUCGCCGACCUACUCCGGCGGACCAGAAAUGCCGGUGGACGUAAAGGGUGGGGUAUCGGUCGUGAUGCCGGAAGAAGGGACGUGGACGGACCUGGAGCCGGCAUACCAAACCGUGAUGCUGGUUGAGAAUAAUGUCUUCCUAUGGAUUGAAACAAUGUGGACCAAGGUUAGCUUGACGAGGUUAGCGUCGAGCUUGCUGGACUUAGAGUUUCGGGGGACCGUGGAGGCCCGGGGAUGGGUCUACUUGUCUAAGGAAAAGGAAAACGCCAUGAUUAUAGAGCUUGUUUUAGGAUUACUCUCGUACAAGCUGUUCAAGGAGGUUGAGCAGGAAGUGGUGUGGGUCACGUGCCAGCGGGUGGAAAUGGUGACGAAGGCGAUUGAUGUGCGAGUAGAACUUGGGGAUAGAGGGAACGUGCGAAAGCCGUUUAGGACCUUGCCCUUUAUGGUGGACGCCGUCUUCGGAAACCGGAGCAGGCUGGCGCAGAUAUGUAGAUCCAUGGCAAGUCUGGGGUUGUACCAAGGGGCCCGACAAGACUUCUGUCGCCUGUCUGUCGAGAAAGGGUCGUUCGAAGGGAAUUGGGCAAAGGAACUAGCCACAAUGCUAAACCAUCUUAGUACGGACGGCCUGUUCGUCCCGAGCGACGUGCAUUGGAAGAUAGUUCACAGAAAUGUCGCGAUAGGGGAGACGUUUCUGGAAGGGAUACAGGACUUGUGGUAUGAGGAGGAUGAAGACGACUCGGAUGAGGAAGAGGGGGUAGAAAUUGAGGAUUGGGAUUUCUAAAGGAGAGGGGCUCAGGGCUGCAUGGCAUGGGUGGAUUGGGGUUGUGCAGGGGAUCCAGGAUGACCAGGGAAUUCCAGCUAAGGGACUGCACGUUCAAAGGAUGGGAGCCGAGACGAGUCGAAGGGGGGGGGGAGAUGUCCAUACUAGCGGAUAAUGAAUGGAGAGGAGCCAC